CACUUCGCACGACAGCACCGCCCGCACUUUACGGCCACCGGAAAGCGGAAGCGGAAGCUCGACGCUGGUUGCGAUGGCGACGGCUUCGGAGUUGCCGGACUGGCUACUUGUGGAGAUUCUGUCUUUCGUGCCUCUCCGAGACCGGCUCCGGAGCUCCAGGGUGUGUAAGCGCUGGCGGAGGCUGAUGCUGGACAAGGCUCUCUGGAAACGCUUGGAUCUGAGACCUUACAGGGUCGGUCCCAAGGUGCUGUGGCAGCUGCUGCGGCAGUACUUGGGCUCGGGGCUGAGGACGCUCAAGGUGCGAGGCCGCCUGCUCUCCGUGCCCCGGGCCCCGCUGCUGUCCCCGGCCCUGCUGCAGGAACUGGGGAAGCGCUGCCCGAACGUGGCCUGCCUCAGCCUCCUGGAAGAGGACCUCCGCAAAAUCCCCUUCUCCUGCCUGCCACGUUCACUUCGGUGCCUGGAACUUCAGUCGUGUGAGCUCCCCCAGGCCUGGUUUCCGCCGGGGAAUGGCCCCUCAAGUCUGCCCCACCUCGAGCACCUGGUGCUGGACCAGAUCCCGGCCUUCUCGGACUCGCAGCUACGGGCCCUGCCUCGGCAAGGGGCGCUGUGCUCCCUGGUGCUGAGGGUCACCUACAGGGUGACCCACCAGGGGCUUCGAGACGCCCUGCCUGGCCUCAGUCACCUUCGGCGGCUGGAGCUGUGUGGAUGCUCCGUGCCUGCUGAUGGGGCCCUGCAGGUCAUAGGAGGCUUCCUGCCCAGACUUCGGGAGCUCAGGGUGACUGUGGCCGGGCUCACAGCCAGGGGGCUGGCCAGCCUGGUGGGGAUGCAGGCCCUAGAGACCCUGGGCCUCCUGGGACCACCCCCUACCCCAGAUAAGCUUUCAGCCAAGGAUAUCCUCCCUUUCUGUCUCUUGUUGCCUAACCUCAGAGUCCUCAGCCUUCAGGGCAUGGGACUGGGGUCAGCAGAUGAGGCUCUUCUUAGGGAGGGACUGGCCCACUGUAUGAUCACUGUUGGGGAGCUCCCCUUGGAAGGCUGGGGACUGAGAGGCCUAAGUUGACAGCCCCUCGCAUCUUCAGACCAGAAGAAUUCAGGGUCCACUCAGAUGCUUGAGGUAGUGGAGUUAGGGCUCUCUACUGCUUUGUGACUUUGGGCAAGCUGUUUUCCCCUCUCUGCACCAAAGUUUCUUAAUCUGCAAGCCAACGAGGUUGGCUUUGAAAAUCACUUAAAUCCCUUCUAGCUCUGAAUCCUAUAUUCUUAAACAGAACUCGGAGUUCCAGGAUCUUCAGACGUUUAUACUAUGGAGUUCAGAAAGGGCUGAGGGUUGGGAGGCUUCUCAGCAUCUCCCUCCUAUUUUUGCUCUCUUUUCUCUACUUCCACUGUCAUCCUUUCUCCCAGGGAAGGCACCCUUAUUCCUUGGAUAUUUACGGGCAAACGUUGCCCAAGAGUGAGUUUGAUAGAGCAGGUUUGGAACAUUUCAACCUCUCUGAAUUUUUUAUAAUGGCACUCAAGAUUCUCAAAGGGUGGAAUGAGGAUGCAAUAGUGGAGCUGAUGGUUAGGAUCUUCCCUGGCUUCCUGGCUGGGGUUGGUUGCUGCUUUUGUCCUUCUUGGCCAUCCUAUUCUCACUUCUUGGAUUGGCUUUGAACAAAGCAGCCUAGCUAGAAGGUACCAGUACUUUUCUUUCUCAUCUUCCUUUUCUUAGGACCUGGGGGAGGGGAGAUGCCCCAGCUAUGCUCCACUUCACCCCCUAUUUCCUUGCCACUUGAAUUGGAAAACAAUGCCCUAGAAACUUUCACCCUUUCUGAAAUGUCUGCCCUGGGGCCUGCUGUUGUGAUAGAUGUACACCCACACGCACACACCCUCAUGUGGCCAUCUUCUGAUAGGCUCACCUGUAGCCUUGCAGCUAUAAGUAUACCUACCCCAUGUGUUUCCUUUCUGAAACCAUAAAAUCAUUCCUGCUGUGCCUUCUGCAUUAGAAUGUCAGCUUCCUGCAGACUAGGGCAGUCUGUUUUCAUAUUCCCAGUGCUUAGCAGUGAUACUGUAACAAAGGCUUUUGAACACAAUCAUUCCUUCAAAAAACA